CCUUCAGAGACCUGACAACCAGAACGUGUGCGUGCUACUGGGCGCUGCUGACUCUGCAUUACUUCUCCCUGCUGUGGAGAGGUGCCGACAAUCUCGGUAAACAUGCGGAUGUGGAGGCGUGCCUGUUCCAGGGAAGUUCCUGCAGGAUACCGGGGCUGUAGCCUGGCCCUGUGCCCGGGCACACAGCUGACGAGAUGUGAUAAGUCGUUUCCAUGUCGUGACAAAAAAGGCCAACGUUUUCGUUUGUAUUCCAUAUUGAUCCCGAAGUUUGUUGACUGCACUUCCACACAAGGAGUAUACUCUCAGUAAGAUGGAGUUGACAAGCCUGGUGUUGCUGGUGGUGCUGCAAAUGUUGAGCCCAGGAAUAGAAGGCUGUGCGGUGGUCCCAGAGGACAUAGACAAUGGUUACUACCACAGGAUCGGCAGCAGUCUGGUGCAGGCUGUGUGCUACACAGGCUUCCAGCAGACUGGUCUGGAGUGGAGAACUUGCAAUGUGACUAGUGGACAGUGGAGUGAGGCCUACUCAACAUGUACAGACAUUGAUGAAUGUGAGGAGUGGAAUGAGGCCAGUGGCAGUGGGUCUGGUGAUGGAGACAGUCUGGAUACAGACCAGGAGCCUGAGCUGUGCCACCUGCAGGCCGACUGUAUCAACACACCUGGCUCCUACAGGUGCAGCUGUAAGGAUGGCUUCACAGGAGAUGGUGUGGACAUCUGUAAUGAGGUUGGACAGGAGGAGGGCUGUCCUUCUGUUGAUGCUCCCCGCCAUGGCAGUGUGUUUGUGGAAGGACAGAGGGCUUCCUUCACUUGUCAGGAGGGGUACAGACUGUACGGACCACAAAUGCUGAGAUGUGUGCGAGGCUCUUGGAGGGGUCGCCCACCCUUCUGUAUGAAAUAUACUGUCUGCCCUGACCCUGCACACCCAGAACAUGGCCGCCGCCGUGUCACCAAUCUCCGUCCUGGUGGCCAGGUCUUCUACUUCUGUGACCGAGGUCAUGACCUGAUUGGUCCGCGGCUGCAGCGGUGUCAGGCGAACGGUCGCUGGUCAGGUGUUUCUCCUACCUGUCAAGCACCACAAACCUUGCAGGAAGUUGCAGGGUCACUGAAAGAGGAUUUUGUGGACCGUAUUAAGGCCUUCACCAACUCCAGCCGCGGCCGGAGCUCGCUGGGUCGCCUGUCCCGAGGCAGCGCUGGGCUGGACCUCGUCUUCGCUCUGGACACAUCCAGCAGCAUCGACACUGUCGACUUUAACCGAGCUAUCCAGUUCACACGGAGUAUCAUCAACGAAUUUGGAGUGACAAACAGAGAAGGUGGAACACAGGUGGCCCUGGUGACAUUUGGUAGUGAGGCACAGCUGGAGUGGAACCUGGGACAGCUGGACAGUAAGAGGCAGGUGUUCCGCCAACUCAGACAACUACAGCCUGAAGGAGGAGGAACAGCCCUGACAGCUGCACUACAGACUGUGCUGAACGACGUCCUGCCUGUGAGCAGACCUGGUGCCAAACGAGCUCUCUUCAUCAUCACUGACGGCAAGUCUAACGUGGGAGCUUCUCCUGGAGUGUUCGCACGGCGUUUGAGGGAGGAGGAGGCAUUUGAGGUAUUUGCUGUUGGUGUGGGAGCAAACAUCGACAAGAAUGAGUUGAACAGCGUGGCGUCCCAGCCCUUCACAUCACACGUCUUCCUCAUCAAUGACUUCAGCAACUUUGACACUUUGGUCAAUACAAUUGCUGAGAAGGAAAUUGAUUAUGAGCAGUGUGGCCGGGUCAAACCAGCUCAGCAGACGGCAGGACAGUGUGGCAGUGGGGGGCGUGUGGUGGGGGGGACUGAGGCAGCCAGGGGGGCCUGGCCCUGGCUCGUGGCUAUCUACCAGGAGAGAAGGCAGGGGGUUCAGCUGGUGUGUGGGGGGGCGCUGAUCGCUAAAGACUGGGUUCUGACUGCAGCACACUGUCUGGAGAGGAGAGGAGAACGUGUUAGUCCAGACCAGAUAUAUGUUGUAGCAGGAGAACAUGCACGAGACAAGGAGGAGGGGACAGAGCAGUAUGUGUACGUCCAGGAGUACCAUGUGCCUCCUGAGUACCGGCCGGACAGACUGGACCAUGACAUCGCCCUCCUCAAACUGUCCACUCCCUCACAGCUGGGGCCGUUUGUCAGGACUCUGUGUCUGCCCAAGGGAGACCUGCGGGACUCGUACCAGACUCGGGCAGGGUCCACCAUGUUGUUUGCAGGGUGGGGAGCGACUGACCCGGUGCGCCCUGGGGAGGUGCCAGGCAUCCCCACCCUGGUGCCUGAGGCGCUGUGUCUCCCCAUCGUCUCACAGACGGUCUGUAAGAAGUCCACUGUUGUUCCCAUCACAGAGAGACAACUUUGUGCAGGUUACAGGUUCCAAGAGAAGGAUGCUUGCCGAGGGGACUCUGGGGGACCACUGGUGGUGAAACACAGGGACAACCUGUGGGGCAUUGUGGGUAUCAUGUCAUGGGGAGAGGGCUGUGCCCAGCCCAACAAGUAUGGCAUCUACACCAGGGUGGAGACUUUUCUGGACUGGAUCACAGAUACAACAGGUUUAAACUAGAAUCACAGAUAGAACAGGGUUAAACUAGGAUCACAGAUACAACAGGUUUAAACUAGGAUCACAGAUACAACAGGUUUAAACUAGGAUCACAGAUACAACAGGGUUAAACUAGGAUCACAGAUACAACAGGUUUAAACUAGGAUCACAGAUACAACAGGUUUAAACUAGGAUCACAGAUACAACAGGUUUAAACUAGGGCAUCUAUAUACAGUGUAUCAGGCUCGAAAUCCAAAUUUGGAGCUGUGCACCCAAUUGUUUUCUGUGGAUGCACCAGUGCACCCAAAUAUUUUCGUAGGUUUACGUAUGUCAAGAUGUUAAAUGUAUACUGUAGUAUACAGCAUAUUCUUAACAUCCAAGUGUCAGAAAAAUAAUAAAAUCAAUAUAAUAUUGUACUUCUUUUCUUUAGAAAUGAAACAUAAUUAGUUUUUGCUACCAUUCUGCAUAUUUUAUUUUAUUUUAUAUGCAUGGUGCACCAAUAAGAUUGUUGCACCCAAUUUCCAAUUUUUUUUAGGUUGGCUGCACCAGUGCACCUAUUCCCAAAACUGAAUUUCGAGCCCUGGUGUAUAAAUGUAGAUGUCAACCGUAGAACCCUGAAACCUUGAGAGUAGGAAUUUAAGGGCAUGUCUUAAUUGCACGCAGCACAUUUGGGAUGAAACAAAAGUGAACAGUCAAUUAUGUGUUGAAUUUUGUUUUGAAUGUGAAUGUGUAUGAUAUGCUUUUAUGUAACUAAGCAACAACAUUGUGAUGUUGCCUUUGAAGAAGGAAAAGUUAACAUAUUUUUUUUUGCUCUUGUUUCCUCUUCUUCUUUUUCUCCAAACACAUAUAAGGUCAAUGACCUGGACCAGAUGUAUGUCACCAUGGUAACAGGUGCUGUUUAACUGUUGCCUGUAGUGCUGGAUUACAUUUUGUAGCAGGAUAGAGUAGGAGUGGCUGUUCACUUUUAUAUAUUAUACAUGAAUGUGUUUGAGUAAGAAUAAACAGAGUACUGUACUUUGUUAGUCUA